UGAACUUAGUGUUCGUCGUUCAUUGUGUUCACUGUGCGUGGUAGAACAUGGAUUGAUUCAUGAAACCAAUCUUUUGUGGCAGGGCACGUGGCAUCUCUUUCAGACGUGAGGGCAGGUAUCGGGCUCAUGCUUUCACAGGUCAUGGGGAACCCAGGCAGCUCUGGUAGUGCGGUCUACCGCUUCUCUCCUGAGCGCUCAAGAUAUGAGGCCAUCGCCUUACACGCGCUGAUGGAUUUCCGUGGCAAGCUGACGGAUGAGGGUCAUGGGAGCUUUUUGCGACUGGGUGUGCAAGCGCCAGAGAUCCACAAGUUUCUGAGGCUGCACCAGUUUUCGCACCUCGUGCAGCAGGAAAUGGCUGAAGAGGCUGAAGCUGCAACCACUGGCACAAAGUCUGCCAAAAAGGUUGCCGCCACAGGCACAAAGUCUGCCAAGACAAAGGCGGCUGGUGGCACAAAGACUGCCAAGGGGUGAGAUCGCUGCUAGACACUUGAUAAUGUCCUUCUUGCGGCAGCUCCAAGGGAGGAGCAAGCGGCCUUGCAUUGUCGAGAAAAGGGAAUCUUGAGUGCAAGAGCUUCAAUCUUGUUUCUAUUAGCUUCUUGCUACUAGUAGUACGGCCAGGAGCCC